CCGGUCAGCCGCGCGGAUUGUUUUGCGUCGAUUCUCCUCGGGUUUUCGUUUUCCUUUUAUUUGCCACGUUCAACAGUGUGUUAGUGCCUUGGGGUUUAGUCAGCCAAUCCCCUGGAAUUCUACGGCUGGGUUCUGUUGAUCAUAUUCAGUGCAAUAGAAUCCGUAAAUUCAAACGAGGUGGGUACUUGAUCCUCAACCUCGCCUAAAUCGUGCUCCAAAACGUAUUGGACAAACCCAAGGUCGCCGUCAAAGUGUUCAGCGCAUCAAUUACGUGAGUCAAUAAUUGAUUAGACAUCAAAAUUUCGGUCAGUCUGACGAAACGGAUGAAACGUACGAGGGCCAAGAAGAAAGGAAUGUCGUGCAAGUGAGAGAAGAGCAACAAGUUAAGCUACUUGAUUGGAGUAAAAAGUGCAGGCGUGUGUUUGUAUUGGUGGGUGUUUUCUAGCAGCAGCUCUGUUUACAACAGCAUUGUGCAACUCCAUUUGCCCCCUAGCCCCAGCGGGAGAGAGUGUUGGUUCAGAAAUUAUUGCGCUGAUCGUCGCAUUUCCACCAUUCAUAACAACAAGCUCCAAUAAAAUGACUAAAGUUAUUGGAGCAAGUAGCGGAAAAAGUCGUCUAUGAGAGCUGAAUAAACAGGAGUAAUAAAACGCAAACAUGUCGGAUCCGGCACCAGUUCCAGUUCCACGGCCUAGGAAUCGUGGAGGUGCAACCGAAGCGAAAAUUUCGGAGGAUAAAACAAACAACAAUCUAAAAAAUGACACAGACGAAACAGAUUUUGGACGCGCCGCAUCGUUGUAUCCUCAGUUGAACAAGAAUAAUUUUCCGGAGCUCUUCAAUUCGCAAAACUAUGAAAAUUUUGAAAUUCCACACCCUCAGAGAAAGACUUCUGUGUCUGAGAAGAUUUCGAAUGUACAGCAAGGUCACAUUUCCGAAGCGAGGCCAGUUCCGGCACCUCGGAGAACGAAGAUUGUCGUACGGGAUGAUGAAGAAUCAUCGAGUAGCAACUAUCAAAACGUCACACCAAUCAAAGCUAAGGCUGAGAAUUCUACCGGUGCCAUAAAAAAGUCAACUGCCAUGCCAUCUGCUGAUGAAAGUGGUGGAAGCAAUCGGAAUGAUUUCCAUAGACCACCGAUCAAACAUCAAGAUAUAACAAUGGUACAUAAUGAUUUGAAGGGACACAAUUCUGGAUCUUCUCCUGGAGUCGAAACUAAUUCGAAGCGGUUCAGUUUCGAUGCAGAUCGCUUAUCAGGGAUGGAUCGUCCUGAAUCGGAUGGAGUAUCGAUUGGCAGCGCCGAUAGCGGGAAAAAGUACAAAACUUCAUCUCCAGGGGAGCUUUUCAAGUCUAUCGGAUUAACUUCAAAGCUGCUAACAGAAUCAAUUAGCGAACGCGUGUCGCACAAAACGAAAAAGGUCGUUACGAAGUUAGAUAAAAAUUUGAAAAAUAAAACUAGUGCCAUCACGAGUUGGAAAACGGAAGCAAGUAGCAAGGUUAAGAACGUAAGCAAAUCGAUCAAUAGUAUUGCUGAGGACAAGUUUUCAUUGUCGCUCACGCGAAACAAGAACAAGCGUAGCAACAGCACAGGGGAAGAUGCAGACUUUUUGGAGCGACGACAAACUGUUCCCGCCGAAAACAGUGAAAUCAUGCAUGGAAUUCAAUUCGAAAGCCCACUUAAUAACAAAGUUUCCAAUAGGUACGAUCUUACCAAGGAAUCAUCGUCAUCGAUCAGUUCUACUUACGACAUUCCAAAAAACACCAAACGAACAAAUUUCGAAGAUCCCCCUCCGUAUACCGAGUCCAUGAAGUCGGGAUCAAAAUCUAACAGCUCUGCAAGUCUAGCCUCGGCCUCCUCAUCUUCAACUAAUCCACCCACUGCUGCUUUUACGAGAAACUCUGGCUUAAGCCAAAGUUUGUACAGUAGGGUGAUUCCAAAAAAAGAAAGGAAAAAUGAAGGAAUACCAUCACCACUUCCGCUGAGAAUAAAGAACAAAAGUGAAUCGAAUCUACAUGAGAGUAAAUUCUACAUCGAUUCUGUUCGAGAAGUUGAUAUCGGUAGCAGUGCAGAAAACAUUCCUCCACCAUCAUUUCCCCCUCCGAUUCUAAACUCUUCUGAACUCGAGAAUCCGUAUGGAAAACUGAAUAUAAUCCCUAAGAAAAAGUCGAGUAGUGAGUCAUCGAAUGAAGACAACACACUUCCCGAGUUACUCAAGAAAGUGCACAUUCGAAAAAAGGCCGUGGCUUCGACAUCUCCAGACUCGAGACGAGCCACCUGUAGUUCUGGUAAACGAAUAUUCUCUCGACGCUCCUCUUCAAUCGAUGAACUGCGUAAUAAUUUAAACCUUCGAUCUGACUCGUGGAACUACUACGACAUCAGCAGCCGCGAUGAGACUCAGCAGGAAGAUGAAGACAGCUCAUCGAAAGCCAGCACACCAGAACCAACGUACGUGAACAAUGAAGCGUCGUCAUUCGAUUCGCCACAAAUCUACGGCCAAAUAUGCGAAAUGGAGACCAAACUAUUGAAACCGGAACCUCUCAACUCGCGGCCAGCACGUAAUGACUACGACGAGGUUUCCAUAUCGGAUGUGAUAGACGAAUUCGAUCCUUUGUCUCAUCCAAGGCGAUCUCUGGACGCGAUCCUCGAAGGCAUUGGUGACGAAUUGGAUUUGAUAGAAAACAUUCUAAGCUCUGAGUCGUAUGGACGUCGAGUACGACUUGAGUCAUCCGAUGAAGAUCUAGUCCCCGAAGGCCUUCCAUCGAAGGCUCCUAAGCCACCGAAACGAUCAGAUUCUUUGCUUGAAUCAUCCACUGCCAAGCAGCCAGAUCUUGGCCCACCUUUAAAAGAUCAACCGGAGGUACCCAAACGACGGAAGCAUCGUAGUCCCAAACAUUCAAUCAUUGUGCAUCAAAACGCAAGUCUCCCUUCGGAUAGCAUUGAAAAUCUAGUCGAAGGAUUGGACAUUACCCCAUACCUGGCAAAAGUAGAGGAACCUACUGGAAGUCAAGAUCCCGCAGACCUUAGCUACCCACCAAGCAACCCCGGGCCCAGCGCCAGCUGGUUCGUGUCCGAUGUCAACUCGACUGCUAGCCCUCCAGAACCUGAUAUGUUUCUCAAAAAUUCUAAAGUGAACCCGGUCAAUGAAAAAUCUGUAACCAGACCAUCAGAGAAAAUUCAAAAAGAGAUUCCUUCAGAGCUGGCCAAGAUCAGCGAAGAUGAAAUGUAUCUGCCCUCUUACAACGAAGCGAUCGCUGCCGCUGAGGGUCUUACAGGCCCCCUGCCAGGUCCUUCAACUUCGUCCGAGGCCAGCAACAAUAAACCUAGCGUCACUGCCAAACUUCUGAGUGCGCUUAAGCGUAAAUCGAGUGUCAAGGGUCGUGAAUCAGUCAGAAAUGUACUCGAAAUGGUUCCAAAACCGCUGCUUACGGAACGCUUGAUCAGUCACCAGGGGCACAUUUUGAAACUGCCUUCCGGAGUCAUUGGAGAUGUCUUCAAUGAGCUGGUUCCGCGAUCUGUUGUUCUGAAGGAAAAAAUCUUACAAACUUAUCAAGAUCCUCAAAAAACUCAACCGAAGGAGACAUUACACUUGAAGUUCAUUCUAAGCCUGCAGUGCGUUCUUCAACAUAAGUUCAGCAACGACGGCGAACUGGAGUUGCACUGUUUCGAAAUAGUGCUGGCUUUACCGAAAAAGGAUAGCAGUUCAGGGGCUAGUCAACAGCUAAUGACUAAUCCAAAUCUUGUAAUUACCAGCUCAAACCACGGAAAUGUGAAAACUAUAAGACAAUCUUAUAUGUUUGGCGUUCACAAACGUUCAGAUCGCAAUAUUUGGAUGGCCAAAAUUUUCCAAUCCGUUACAGAUGUUUUCCCGGAGGGUUGUUUGUCGGAAUUCACCAGAGGGGGUUGGUGUUACAUGAAGAAAUCGGUAACGACCGAUUGGAGCGGAGCUUGGCUUUUGUUGGCUAAGAGAAGGUUGUAUUUCUAUAACUACCAAGAUAGGCAGCUGGAGCAACUAGAUCUCAGGAAAGCAAGAUUUAUUGGCGAAAGGGAAGCAGACGAAACCAUAAGAAACUUGCACGUUGAGGCUGGAUCGUCGAUUCUCAUUGAUUGUCCACCGUAUGCCACGCUUUAUUUCAUUAUGUGUUCACCGCGAGAAACCCAGAUAUGGCGAAAGAUCAUUAGAGAUACGGCCCACAAGAAUGGAAGUGGCCUGCACAGUCAGCAGCUUACCAAGAGUGAUGUUCCGGUGCUGAUCGACAAGUGCAUUAAUUUCAUCUACGCUCAUGGUUCCAUGUCCGAAGGUAUCUAUCGCAAAUCAGGAUCAGCUUCUCAGGUGACCAAGAUUCUACAGCUCUUUAAAGAAGAUGCAUUCUCGGUACAGCUAGUUCGAAGUGAGUUCAACGAAUACGAUGUAGCCGGGGCACUUAAGAAGUUUAUCAGAGACAUUCCGAAUUCCUUUUUUGGAGAUUCUGCCAUCAGUUUUGUUAGUAUAACUAGCUUAAAAUCCGCGAAGGAUAAGCUAGACUCAUACCACGAACUGCUCAAACGAUUGCCAAGAAUCGAGUACAACACGCUUAAAAAACUGAUAGGACAUUUGCAUUUCAUAUCAUCGCUUGAGAAGCACAAUAAGAUGAGUGUCCCUAAUUUGGCCAUGAUUUGGGGGUCUACGAUAAUGGCCAACUCAAGCCUUAACCAAGAAGCCGAACAGUACACCUACUCACAGGAUGAGGCUGAUGUGGUAGCCGAUUUGAUCAAGCUGUACAAAAACCUCUUUACAAUAACUCCGGAAGAAAUAAAGAAGGAGCAACUUAUGCUGAAGGUUCUGCAAAAAUACCACGCAGCCGCCGAGAACCUUUCCGAUACAGUAAAACACUCGGGAGAUUUCAAAGUAUGGGUAACCAUCGAUUGUGAUUCGGAAGCUGCCCCAUCUACAAGUUCUACUGCCAACGAUGAAAAGCUUCAGAUCAACGUGACUCUUACUCCGACGAAAACGGCGUCGGAUUUGUGCAAGGAGCUGGCCGGAAAAACAAGCUACGAGUGGUACAAACUCACUUUGUACGAAGUAAUAUCCGAAGGAGCACUUACUCGACCAGUGCAUUUUAGUGAACGUCCCCUUGAGAGUGUUUUGAGGUGGACGCAGUGGAACGAUGCAGACCGAAAGAACAACUAUCUGGCACUCCGGCCAACCACUACCUUACAUGACGUCUACCGACAGAUUCAGAAAGAGCUGGUCCUCACCCCUACUACGGAGCUAAUGUUCGCCGAUCAAAGCACCAAGGUAGCACGUAGCUACAAACUGCAGCUCAUCGGGCGUGAAAUUGUGGUGCUCAAAAAGCUCGAAGGCAAAAAGGACCGGGGUCAAUACGAAGAGCACACGAAGAUCAACCUGGACAAGGUUCAGGCCUACAUCGGGCGGGAAAGCAAGCGAGACAAAGUGCGGCUGAGGUGGGCCAUCACCCUGGUGGAUCAUAACUUCAAGAAAAGAACGAGAGAUUCACCUUUCAUCGGCCACUUGCUUGGAGGAGUUGUAGUCAAUGAUCUGGUUCUUUGGUAUUCCAGCAUUUUAUACAGCUUACACAAGGAUAACAUUCUACCAAGUAGUGAUCUAUUUUUCUAGAUUUUCAGAACUACGUCAAGGAAAGAAAAGUCCCAUUUUAAAUGUAUAUACAAUUCAUUUAUAUCGUGUUAGAAAAAUAAAAUUAAAGAAUAUAUUUUU